AUGAAGGAUUCUCCUCAUGUGCUGCAGAGGCUAUACUUUGGUGAUACUGAACAGAGCAAACACUUCCUUAGUAAUAUUCGAAGGUAUAACAGCAUGUUCUGCUUCACGUCUUUGGGCGGUAGAAUUGAUAGGUCACUCAACACCGGUAAUGCUCCUCCAGUGUUUAGGAUUAGUGGUCAAAAUUAUCACUGCAUUGGAAGCUUGGUUCCAAUAGAUGGUUCGAUGCCAAAAUUUGCGCAACUAUAUAUUUACGACACAGAUAACGAGAUUAAGAACCGCAUCAAUUCUGUCAGAGGGGAAAGUAAUUUAGGGGAUAUCAAUGAAGAGAUUGUUGUCGAAUUGAAGAACAUGCUAGACCAAAAUAAUGUCUUGGUCAACUGUUUCAGAAUGGCAAGAACUGAGAUCCAAUCUAAUCUAGUUAUUGAGGUUAAGAUGAAUUUAAUAGGCAAGCGGAACAAAGAUGGAAGGACCUACAAUUUACCUACCGCUCAUGAGGUAGCUGCACUUAUUGUCGGGGAUAUUGACCCAUCAAUGGGAGAUCUAGACAUAUUGAUUGAGACCAGAACUGGACAGUUGAAGAGAAUAAAUCAAUUGAACCCCGCAUAUCUGCCACUACAGUACCCUUUAUUGUUCCCCUACGGUGAAGAUGGCUAUCGCGAAGACAUUAUAUUCUCUGAUGCAUGGCGUCAAUGUCAUCCUCGUGGAAGGAUAAGAAUUAGCCCUAAAGAGUAUUUCUCAUUUUAUAUACAUGAGAAGGUAAAUGAGAAGCAUACAUUGUUGUAUUCUAGGAGGUUAUUCCAACAAUUCUUGGUUGAUGCGUAUACAAUGAUUGAAUCUGCACGCUUGAUCUACAUUAGAACUCAUCAGAAGGUGUUGCGUUGUGAAGCUUAUCAAGGGUUGAGCGAUGCAUUGACAAGAGGAGAAUUAGACCCUGCAGCUCGAGGUAAAAGAAUUAUACUCCCAUCAUCAUUCACAGGUGGAGCUAGGUAUAUGAUUCAAAACUAUCAAGAUGCUAUGGCAAUAUGCAAGCACAUCGGUUAUCCACACAUAUUCAUUACAUUCACUAGCAACCCAAAGUGGCCUGAGAUUGAACGGUAUGUUACACACCGUGGCCUUAAAGCAGAUGAUAGACCUGACAUCAUUUGUCGUGUGUUUAAGAUGAAACUUGAUGCGAUGAUUGAAGACAUCAAAACAGACAAGUUGUUUGGCGAUAUAUGUGGAGUUAUCUACACGAUUGAAUUUCAAAAAAGAGGUCUCCCUCACGCGCAUAUCUUGCUAUUUGCCAAAAGAAUGAAUAGGCCAAAUUCUGCGAACGAAAUUGACGCAUUGAUCUCAGCUGAAAUACCAGACCCAGAUGUUGAUGCAGAAUACCAUCAUGCAGUCAGUGAAUUCAUGUUGCACGGACCCUGUGGAGAACUUCGGAAGAAUUCGCCCUGCAUGGUAGAUGAUUGUUAUUUUGACCUUGGAGAUCCUAUUCAUUCGUGUAAUUAUUGUGGGGCUUUAUUUUGGUGGCAAGAGCGCUCUAAUCAAAAUGUAACAUGCGCAUUGCCAAAAUACACAAAGUGUUGCUAUGAGGGCAAAAUCCAAUUACCUCGCAUGAAGGAUUCUCCUCAUGUGCUGCAGAGGCUAUACUUUGGUGAUACUGAACAGAGCAAACACUUCCUUAGUAAUAUUCGAAGGUAUAACAGCAUGUUCUGCUUCACGUCUUUGGGCGGUAGAAUUGAUAGGUCACUCAACACCGGUAAUGCUCCUCCAGUGUUUAGGAUUAGUGGUCAAAAUUAUCACUGCAUUGGAAGCUUGGUUCCAAUAGAUGGUUCGAUGCCAAAAUUUGCGCAACUAUAUAUUUACGACACAGAUAACGAGAUUAAGAACCGCAUCAAUUCUGUCAGAGGGGAAAGUAAUUUAGGGGAUAUCAAUGAAGAGAUUGUUGUCGAAUUGAAGAACAUGCUAGACCAAAAUAAUGUCUUGGUCAACUGUUUCAGAAUGGCAAGAACUGAGAUCCAAUCUAAUCUAGUUAUUGAGGUUAAGAUGAAUUUAAUAGGCAAGCGGAACAAAGAUGGAAGGACCUACAAUUUACCUACCGCUCAUGAGGUAGCUGCACUUAUUGUCGGGGAUAUUGACCCAUCAAUGGGAGAUCUAGACAUAUUGAUUGAGACCAGAACUGGACAGUUGAAGAGAAUAAAUCAAUUGAACCCCGCAUAUCUGCCACUACAGUACCCUUUAUUGUUCCCCUACGGUGAAGAUGGCUAUCGCGAAGACAUUAUAUUCUCUGAUGCAUGGCGUCAAUGUCAUCCUCGUGGAAGGAUAAGAAUUAGCCCUAAAGAGUAUUUCUCAUUUUAUAUACAUGAGAAGGUAAAUGAGAAGCAUACAUUGUUGUAUUCUAGGAGGUUAUUCCAACAAUUCUUGGUUGAUGCGUAUACAAUGAUUGAAUCUGCACGCUUGAUCUACAUUAGAACUCAUCAGAAGGUGUUGCGUUGUGAAGCUUAUCAAGGGUUGAGCGAUGCAUUGACAAGAGGAGAAUUAGACCCUGCAGCUCGAGGUAAAAGAAUUAUACUCCCAUCAUCAUUCACAGGUGGAGCUAGGUAUAUGAUUCAAAACUAUCAAGAUGCUAUGGCAAUAUGCAAGCACAUCGGUUAUCCACACAUAUUCAUUACAUUCACUAGCAACCCAAAGUGGCCUGAGAUUGAACGGUAUGUUACACACCGUGGCCUUAAAGCAGAUGAUAGACCUGACAUCAUUUGUCGUGUGUUUAAGAUGAAACUUGAUGCGAUGAUUGAAGACAUCAAAACAGACAAGUUGUUUGGCGAUAUAUGUGGAGUUAUCUACACGAUUGAAUUUCAAAAAAGAGGUCUCCCUCACGCGCAUAUCUUGCUAUUUGCCAAAAGAAUGAAUAGGCCAAAUUCUGCGAACGAAAUUGACGCAUUGAUCUCAGCUGAAAUACCAGACCCAGAUGUUGAUGCAGAAUACCAUCAUGCAGUCAGUGAAUUCAUGUUGCACGGACCCUGUGGAGAACUUCGGAAGAAUUCGCCCUGCAUGGUAGAUGGUAAAUGUUCAAAGUAUUUUCCAAAAAAACAUGUUACUCAUACGAUUUUGGAUAAAGAUGGUUACCCGAUUUACAGAAGGCGUGACAAUGGGCGCACAAUCAAUAAGAAUGGAAUUAAACUUGAUAAUCGUUACGUCGUCGCGCAUAAUAGACAUCUGCUCCUAAAAUAUCGCGCACAUAUUAACGUUGAAUGGUGCAACCAGUCUAGGUCUAUUAAAUAUUUAUUCAAAUAUGUGAACAAAGGAAAUGAUAGGGUCACAGCAGAAUUCAUGAGUAGUUCAGCGAAUGCUCUCAAUGGUGAUGUGGUCGAUGAGAUUAACAUGUACUACGAUUGUCGCUAUAUAUCAGCAUGUGAAGCCACGUGGCGGCUAUUUGGAUACUGGAUACAUUAUCGAAUCCCACCUGUAGAGAGGUUAAAUUUCCACUUAGAGCACCAGCAGAAUGUUGUAUAUGGUGAAGAUCAGCCCUUGGAUCAGAUUGUGGAGAACCAAACAGUUAAGCAGAGUCAGUUCAAAGCUUGGUUUGAGGCGAACAAAAAAUACGAAGAGGCCCGUUCACUCACUUAUGCUGAGUUCCCCAGCAAGUUUGUUUGGAAGCAAGAUCUGCGUGAAUGGCAGCCAAGGAAAAGAGGUUACUCCAUAGGACGAUUGUUUUAUGUUCCGCCAGGGUGUGGAGAAUUAUACUACCUUAGGUGCCUUUUAAAUUUGGUACGAGGACCUUCUAGCCAUGAGGAUAUUCGCACUGUUGCAGGGGUCAUUCAUAAUUCGUUUAGGGAUGCGUGUUAUGAAUAUGGAUUAUUAGAUGAUGACAAGGAGUAUAUUGACGGCAUUACUGAUUCGAGUUACUGGGCAUCCGCGUAUGCUUUGCGAAGGUUAUUUGCUACGCUUCUCACUUCAAGUUCAAUCAGUAGGCCAGAAGUAGUUUGGAAUGCCGUUUGGGAAUUUCUUGCCGAGGAUGCACAGGUUCAGCGUCGACGUGUCAUGCAGAAUUCAGAGUUGAUGUUAUCGGAUUUAGAUAAAAAACAGUUCGCUUUGGUGGAAUUGGAGAAGUUACUAUCUUUGUGGGGGAAAAGCCUAAAGGACUUUCCAGAAAUGCCAAUUCCAGACGAAAGUAGCAUGUGUUUGAGUGAAAACAUGUUGAUAGCUGAAGAGUUGGCAUAUGACAAGGAAUCGUUGAAGACAGAGCAUGAAACAUUGGUAACACAAUUGACUGAUGAGCAAAAGAAUGUUUAUGAAUCUGUCAUGAAUGAUAUUGAUUCCAAUGGAGGUGGAUUGUUCUUUGUGUAUGGUUACGGAGGAACAGGCAAGACGUUUCUGUGGAGAACGUUAUCGUCAAAGAUAAGGAGUCGCGGUGAUAUUGUUCUGAAUGUUGCUUCCAGUGGAAUAGCAUCUUUGCUCUUACCGGGAGGUAGGACGGCGCAUUCUAGAUUUGUAAUACCGCUCUCUUUGAACGAAGAUUCCACGUGCAACAUAUCGCAAGGUAGUGACAUUGCCGGGCUUAUAAUAAGGAGCAAAUUGAUAAUAUGGGAUGAAGCACCGAUGAUGCACAAAUAUUGUUUUGAGGCUUUGGACAAAACCAUGAGGGAUCUAUUUGCUGAAAAGACUUUUGGUGGAAAGACAGUAGUUUUGGGUGGUGAUUUUAGACAGAUCCUACGAAAGACAGUAGUUUUGGGUGGUGAUUUUAGACAGAUCCUACAUGUUAUUCCGAAAGCAACGAGACCAGUAAUUGUCGGAGCAACUAUUAAUUCUUCGUAUCUUUGGACAAAUUGCAAGGUAUUAAGGCUCACCAAGAACUUGAGAUUACGGACCUUAACAUCGGAGAUGGGAUUGCUGGGGUUGUAA